GUCUCCCCUUUAGUACUAAAAAACUCCGCAACGAGCCUCAAGUAACUCGCUUGUAGCGACUUAACCUGACAUUGCUGUUCCUCGAUAACAAUAGUCAGAAGAUAUGUCAAGAAAAAAGCACAAUGUAUCGUACAUUAAACCGGAUGAACCGAAAUUUUUACAACAGUUGAAAGAGCAGAUUGGAUAUAAAGAAGGUCCCACUGUUGAUACAAAGAGAGAAGCCCUGCCAGAAAUAUCUGACGAUGAGAGAGAAGAAAAGCUUGAUGACAAGCCUACUGUUGUGGUAUUAAAUUCUGGUGACUUGACAGCGGAAGAAGCGGAUGCUUUUCAGAAACAGAAAGAAAAAGAAGAAAAUAAUGCUCCUGCUGAUUUAUCUAAAAAGAUCAUAUUUCGUAAGACUAAAGUAGCGGAAAUGGAGUCUGAUACAGUUGAUACGGAUAAACCUUUGAAAAAGAAAGCAAAAAGGGAAAAGCAGAAAGUAGUCUUAUCGUUUGAUGAUGAUGAGGAUGACAAUGAAUUUGGAUAACAUUUUGAUGAAUUCGUACCUAUUCAUAUUAUAUAAAUUGUGUCAUAAUAUGUACAAAAAGCUUGUAUUGUAAAUAGUGCAACGUUUAUGAGAAAAAUUUUUAUUUUUAUUAAAAUAAUUAAAGAAAUGUCAAUAAAAAAUUAUUUUUAGCAUUAUGAAUUUUGUGUUAGUAAAACAUACGUGGAAAGAGUGGAAUUGCGUAAGAAUAAAUUAUUAAAUCGCAUUAAAAGCGU